UUUUUUGUUGUUGUUCUUAGUCUUAUUGCUUUUAUUAUUUUUCGAUACUCUUUCACAUAUCACAUAACUACUAUUAUUGUUAAAGUAAUUUCCUUAUUAAUUCUCUUUUUUUUGGAGAUUAUCAUCUGGAAAUCAUUGAGAUUAUUGUGACCUUGGUAUAGUGGUCUUCGUGGUUGACAUUGAUUUGAAAGAUCGUUAUAAAACUUGAUGAUUACAUUUUUUCCCGUCAUGAACUUUUACUUCAGAGUAUAAGAAUUAUCGUAAUAAUAAAAGUUUGGCCUUGGUGCGAAUUUUUCUCACGAGGUUAAAUUGCAACACAGAUCGAAAUUCAUUCAAUGUGCCAUGAUGUGUGAUGAAAUAUCGAGUGAUUUUUCACUGUAUUUGGAUACACCAUAUUGCUUAUUAAAUAUUAGCAGAGCACUUUCAAAAUGUCACCUCAUCCUCCUGAAUAUGAAACUUUUGCCAGCACAUAUGAAGAAGAAACUUUUACUGACACUUUAAUCAGAAAUUUCCAAACAAAACCUGCAGUGAUAUCAAGUCUUGGUGCAAUGUCUGGAGCCUUAGGAUAUGGAUUUUACAGGUGGAGGACCAAAGGCUUUUUGGUAUCUCCUUCGUUGUUUUUAAUUCAACUUCGAGUUGGUGCACAAUCAGCAGCUAUUGGAUGUAUAAUCGUUGCAAUGACGUACAACCUGGUAGAUAAAUACAUCUUUAAAAAACCAUCAAAAGAAUGACACGGGGAAUCUCGUGAAACAAAGUCGUUCAUGAUGUAAUCUGUUAAUCUUAUUGCAAUUCUACAAACUUAUAAAUUUUAUUAUAUUCUGAUUCUGAAUGUUUGAUGUGCUACAUGUAUUUAUUUUUGCAUUGUGACGUCGAUGCAUUCUCACAGGCUCUAUAAACAUCUGAAAGGCAGUAUGGAAAAAAUAGUCAGCAGCUUCUCAUGUAAACUAUUUCAAAGCAGACAAAAAGAAUUUUAAACUAGAAAAUAUUUGUACAUAGUUAUUAUUUAUAAGUAUUGUAAUAGCUAGUGAAAAAAUUGACAAUAUGCUGGAAAUAUUGUUCAAAAUAAAAAAUGCAAUAGAUAUGAUUUGCAUAACUUGAA